GACAUCAGUUGCGGAUCCGCUGCCCUGAGAGGAGUCUUCGUGACAGAACGUGGUCUUGGAAGGGACGUCUGAUAACCUUGAUUAACGAAUACUGGGUUCUUCGAGCUAGAACUCUCCAGAAGUACGUGGCGAUUCCUUGAAGAAGGGAACAGAAGAGUGCCUCACCCAAGGGCGCAAGACCCUGACCAACUAUGGAAGCUCGCCAGUGAUCUCCCCGCUAGCGUGUCUUUGCUUUUACUGGCAGGAGAACCAUUGGCGAUUGGCUUAUGGAAAUGGACCGUCGCGGGUCAUACAGGGACGAGACGUCAGUGACUAAUGGGCGUCGUAACUCCUCCAAGGGACGUCCUCCAGGACACAGAGCGUCGUCCAUCAUUCAAGGACGAGCUAACAGUGGAUAAGAGCCGUCGCAGUUCCUUUAGGGACGUCCCACAGGAGUCAGAACGUCGUCCGUCCAUCAGAGAUGAUGUUCCUGACACUGAACGCCGUGGCUCUUUUAGGGACGCCAACGAACGCCGAGCUUCUUAUAACAAAAGCGUCUCGCAGGACGUAGAGCGCCGUGGUUCGCUAAGGGACGUCCCACAGGAAGCAGAGCGCCGGGAUUCAUUUAGAAAUGACGUAGCAACAGACAGCAGACGCCGCAGUUCAUCGAGGGAAGUCUCGCAGGAAGCAGAGCGCCGUGGAUCAUUCAGGGAUGACGCCUCAGUAGACAAGAGACGCCGCAGUUCUUCAAGGGAUGUCCCACAGGAUGUAGAGCGUCGAGGUUCAUAUAGGGGAGACAUCACAGCAGACAGAAGAGGCGCCCUAGUUCUUCUUUGGACGUACCGAUGCAGGAUGCAGGGCGCCGUGGUUCAUUCAAGGAUGUCCCACAUCAAGGAGAGCGACGUGGUUCCUUCAGGGACGCCCCACAGGACGCAGAGCGACGUGGUUCCUUCAGGGACGCCCCACAGGAAGCAAGACGCGUGGUUCAUUCAGGGACGCCCCACAGGACGCAGAACGGCGUGGUUCAUUCAGGGACGCCCCACAGGACGCAGAACGGCGUGGUUCAUUAGGGAUGAUACGAGGCGACUCAGUUCCUCAAGUGGCUCUUUCAGGGAUGUCAAGGAACGCCGGGCAUCAUAUAACAGAGACGUCUCGCUUGACGAAGAGCGCCGUGGCUCCUUCAUAGAUGUCAAUCCUGACGGCGAGCGUCGACGAUCGAUCAAGGACGAAAUCUUAGAAGCUGAACAAGCUGAACGCGACCUCGAAGAGCGCCUCGACAAUGAUCAUUCCCGCCCCGUAUCGCAAACAGCAUGCCAGGUCCCCAUCCGACACGACCCAGGAACCACAAGCCGGACACAAUGA